AUGUCGGACGCAGACCACCAGUACAAGUUCAACGUUUCCAUGAGUUGCGGUGGCUGCUCUGGUGCGGUGGAGCGUAUUUUGAAGCGGCUAGAUGGUGUCAAGUCCUUCGACGUCAACCUCGAAUCUCAAACAGCACUGGUCUCCACUGAACCGACCAUAUCCUACGAUACUGUGCUAGCUGCCAUUAAAAAGACUGGCAAGACAGUCAAUACUGGCGAGGCAGAUGGCCAGGUCAUGAGCGUUUGA